CCCCAACUACUCCGUACGAGUCAUACCAUUUGCUAUCUUGUUAUGGAUGCCCUCUCCCGCCUCAAUGGACAGAUCUCCACCUUUCUCGCUGUUGGCUUUCUAGCCUCGUGGGCCAUCACUGCGUUGAGUUUGACCGCCAUCAAUGUUCUCAAUACCGAAUUCACAUUCACCGCGCAUGCCGCCUCCAUCAGCUUGCUCACCUUCCUCAUCUGCCGAUUGCUGGUCCGCCUUCAGCCUAUCGCCCCCACCGAGGGGAGAACCAUCGCGCAUCUCCUUGCAACAGCAGACAACGGUUCUCGACGGGGCGCGCUCAUUUUCUUCUCUUUCUGCAGCACAUGGCUGUACGAGCUGCUGAGCAAAGGCCUCCUCCUGCUUCUGUUGACCUUCUUUGGCGGCGUCAUGGCGACCGUGAUUUACAACGACCCCAACUUCUCGGAAAAUUGGCACACUCAGUCGGUAUCCGAUCAGCCCCAGACGACGACGGCCCUGGCUGAAAUUAAAACCUUCAAGGAAAAGGCUGGCUUUGAUCCGACACAACUAUUUCGUUGGAUCCCGCCUCAGGCAGUCGUCUACUUUGUCGCCCUGGUGUGGUUUAACUUCAUCAGUCUGGGGCUGUACAUUCUUGGCCAUGCGCUGAAGGCUCUUUGUAGGAUCUUGGGAUUUACUGUUACGCGAACCACUAGCAAAGACGCCCACCCGGUGGAAAGACGCUCUUAAGAAUGCCCGGGUGGAAUGUCAUGUUAGCAGACUCAGUGCGUGACCCAAGGGGCGUCGUUAAGACUCGUCCCGAAUGUAAAAAAUGCUUUUCUC